AUGGCCUUGGCGGCGCCGCCCUCCCCCCGGCUUCCGAGCCCUCCUCCAGCCGCCGAAGAUCAGAUCGGCCCUCCGUCGCCAUCCAUGGGCGCGCAAGCGAAUCGCCAGGCCGCGCAGCUUGAGAAGAGUAUUAUGGAGGCAAAUGCGAAACGUCGAAUUCAUCCCGGCACGAAAGCCCAGGACAUGGCAACAGGCCCUCCUCUGGUUCCCCUCAAUGAGCUCGACUCGGCCUUUCAGCUCCAGGAACACCUCGCCGCUCUCCACCACUUCCACACCAAUGGCGGCGCCCAUGGCAUAACCCGUCAGACCGCCAUCCAGCUCGCCACGCCACCGCCCUCGAUCGACCGCACGCUGUGGCUUUACGAGCUGUGUCGCUUCCUCAUCUCCCAAUGCAACACCCUCAUUGUAGGCUUCCUCUUCGACGCACCCCCUUGCAGCGCCUCGACCUGCCCCGAGAUGCGCGCCUCAGAGUGGCAAUUUCUUUGCGCCGUCCACGAGCAGCCCAAGAGCUGCUGCGCCAUCGACUACUGCUGCCACACCCUCGACUGGGCUGCCAACGUCGUCACAGACCCCAAGAUCUUCCCCUCGCGCUUUGUCGUCUCCUCUGACGCCCAUAACAAGAGCGUCGCCGUCAAGAACCUUGUCAACGUCUUCCGCCGCCUCCAUCGCAUCUUCGCCCACGCCUGGUUCCAGCACCGCGCCGUCUUUUGGAACAUUGAGGGCCAGACCGGCCUCUACGUCUUCUUCAAGACCGUCUGCGACAUGUACGACCUCCUGCCCGCCGAGAACUACAAGCUGCCUCCGGAGCCCGAGGGCCUCGAGACGAAUGCGGCCGCCUCCGACCCGAGCAACGACAACGACGACCAAGGCAGCGCCAGCGGCAAGCAGUACCACCCCCACAACAACACCAACAGCAACAACCACCAUCAGCAACCCGCCGCCAUCUCCAUCGCCAAGCCCCCAUCCCGCGGCGGUCACGACGACAUUGGCGCCGCCGCCGACGAAAACUACCAGUCCAUCGGCCGCACCAACACGCGCCGCCACAUCCGCGCCAGCCCCUCCACAGGCAGCGCCGUCACCACCGUCCUCGAAACGGACGAGGAGGACCAUGACGUCACGAGCCGCCUGCGUGAGAUGUGCAUCUCUGCAGCCCCUGAUAUGGCCGAGGAGGCCGAGACGGCCGACGUCCCUGUCAUCGUCGCCAAGGAGGUCAUGGACGACGCCUCUCCCCCGGCCUCGCCGCCGGAGAAUGACCGCACCAUCGUCGAGCACCUCGGAGCCGAACCCGAGGAGGAUGCUCCGCCCACAUCAGAGCCGCAGCAGGAGGACGCGGCGCACCCGGAGACCGCGCACCCAGAGACCGAGGCGCUGCUGUCUGAAACCGCGCCCAUAACGGAGGAGGAUAAGGCGGCGCUUGAGUCCGUAGACGCGGAGAAAUCUGCCCUGGAAACCACAACAAUAAUGACAGCCGAAGACAGGGCCGAGAGCGCGGACGAGGAACCGGCGGGUGGGCUGCAGGAGGCGCAGGACAAGGUUGAGGACCCCGCGGCUGCGGAGGAGAAGAUGAAGGAGGAGACAGGGUCCAGCACGCACAAGUUCACUAAGGAGGCCGUGGAGGAGUCCGCUUCGACAGCCGAGGCGCCGGAAGAUACCCAAGACGCAGAGCCGGAGAAGGUCAAGGAUGAGGGGGCAGCUGCGGUAGAGGAGGCCGAGAAAGCGGAGGCGCAGGUGGACAGCGUUGACGAGGGGAGCACGGAAGAGGCAAAGACUCAGAAGGACAGCCAAGGAGAGUCUACAAAGGAGGCGUGA